AUGACAAUAACAGAUACUCUUUUCCAGGACCAUGAUGACUACAAAGAAAGCCUUGGCUUGGAAGACAUCUCUUACUUGUUUAGAAAUGGCACCGACGGUUAUCUCAACUACAGCGAGUCGGAUUACAACGAGAGCGAGCUGUGCUGCCCAGACCCACCCUGUGACUUCUAUACCAUCCAAGCCUUUGAGGGGGUCUUCCUGCCUUGUUUCUACAUCCUGAUUUUCCUCAUGGGGUUGUGCGGGAACGUCAUGGUGAUCACGGUCUUGCUGCGUUCCAAGGAGCCCUUACCUGGGACAGAUGUGUUUAUCUUCAACCUGGCGAUCGCAGAUGUCCUGUUGGUGGCCACGCUGCCGUUCUGGGCGGCCCAAGCGGUGCACAGCUGGGUCUUCGGUGAUUUCCUGUGCAAGGUGGUUGGCAGUAUUUUCAAGAUCAAUUUCUACGCCAGUAUCUUCUUCCUGGUCUGCAUCAGUUUUGAUCGGUACCUCUCCAUCGUGUACGUCAUCCGCAUGUAUAAGAGGUCCAAGUCCGCUUGGAUCGUCCUCAGCUCCUUGGCUAUCUGGGUCUUCUGCAUUCUUCUCGCAGUGCCGGAUUUCAUAUUCCUGAACGUUGAGUUCGAUUCCCGUCAAAACACCACCUCGUGCUCCCUCAAUUUUGGCUCCGGCUGGAAGAUCAUUCUGCGUAUUUUCAACCAAGUGGUGGCUUUCUUCCUUCCUCUGUUGACCAUGGCUUACUGCUACUCCCACAUCAUCUUCACACUGCUGAGCUCCAAAGGUUUCUCGAAGCAGAAGGCCCUCAGGGUUAUACUGGUGGUGGUUGCGGCCUUCUUCCUCUGCUGGAUUCCCUACCACUUGGUGAUGCUCAUCGACACCCUGAUCGACUUCAAAGUCUUGGAGCCAAGCUGUGGGUGGGAGUCCAGGUUGGACAUUGCAGAGACCGUCACAACCAGCUUGGGUUUCUUCCACUGCUGCCUCAACCCCCUCCUCUACGCCUUUGUCGGGAUCAAGUUCUGGAACAGAUUCCUGGAGCUGCUGGAGCAGGUGGGCUGUGUGAGCCACAAGUUCCUGAAGAGACACGCCCGCUUGCCAAGCCGCCGGAGAGACUCAACGUGGUCUGAGAGCACGGAGGCCUCCUACGCAGGUCUCUGAUAAGCCCGUCUGCAUUGCGGAGGACUCGGCUUCUCAAGAAUUCUUCUGUGGUUCUGCAAGCGGCAAAUGCGUUUAUUUUGACCCACUCUGGUCUAACCA